AUGACCUCAAGAUUUAUUGGUAAAACAGCAUUCAUUACUGGUGGUUCAUCUGGCAUUGGUCAGGCAAUUGCCAGGCUGCUCUCAUCUGAAGGUGCACGUGUGAUUAUUGCCGAUUUACAAGAACCCAUCAAACCAUGGGCAUCGGAUCAAAGGUUAUUCAUUAAAACCGAUGUUACAAAUCCCGAAUCCGUUCGAAAAGCAGUUACUUCUCAGAAAUCACAACUCGACAUAAUCAUUAAUAAUGCUGGUAUCUUUCAUCCAUCAAUACCAAUUCAUAAAUGCCCAUUGGAUAGUUGGCAUCAACAGAUGGAUGUUAAUUUAAAUGGAGCAUUUUAUGUAAUGAAAUAUGGUUUGGAACAAAUGAUUAAACAGAAUUUGGAUGGCGGUGUUAUUAUCAAUACAUCAUCCAUUGCCGGUAUUUUUCCGGAAAGUAAUAAUGCUGGAUACAAUUGUUCAAAGGCAGCACUAAUUCAUUUAACAAAAGAAGCAGCCCGUCAUUAUGGUAAAUAUAAAAUCAGAGUAAAUGCAAUUGCGCCAACCGCUGUUCGGACGCCAUUGCUUUCCAAAUAUAUUAGUGAAUCAAAAGAUUCUACUUUGGUUAAAGAACGACUGGAAAAUUUAUCAGUGAUACCGGGGUAUUUACCGGAACCAGAAGAUAUUGCAGCAGUCGUCGCUUUUUUGGCUAGUGAUGAAGCCAAAUUUAUUACCGGUACUGUAUUACCGGUUGAUGCAGGGUAUUUAGUAAUGUAA